UCAAUGACGGCAAUGGAGGUGAGCUUACAGAGCAACAAAGGUGAGAAAGUCGGGCUUUUGUUGCCGACGUGCGCGCUCAAGGACGCGUUGCGACCUCCACAACCUCAGCUUGACGGCUUCAUUCAAGCUCGACUGUUUCACCUACGACAGGUCGACCGUGCUGUCUCAAUCGUAUCUUAUUCUUUGUUAAGCCAGCAUGUCCGCUGUCAGGCGAAGUUCUAACAGACUCGCCAAGUUAACAGCCAAAGCCAGUCCUUACAACGCAUCGGUCACCCUUUAUGAAGCCGAAUUCAUUACAGAAGCUUCACCCACAAAACCGAGACCAAUCGUAAAGAAACGCUCAGAGUCAACAUCCGCUGCAGCAUUCGGAGACGAACCAGCCGACAUCGAAGACGUCAAACCUGUGCGAGCAGAACCUGGGCCAUCGAAUCCCGUCAAGAGGACGGUGAAGACGAAGACCAAGGUCACGACCACAACUAAGUCACCAAAGAAGCCCAAGGUCAUAAAACAAUCGCUGGAGACGCCGCAUCCCGCUCCACCACGAUGGAAGGAAACGUACGACACCAUAAAGGAAAUGCGAGCAAAUAUUAUCGCGCCCGUGGACACCAUGGGGUGCGAGCAGGCUCAGUUGACGGAACAGGAUCCUCGGAACCAGCGGUUCUCCACGUUGGUGUCGCUGAUGCUCUCCUCACAAACAAAGGAUGAAGUCACGGAUGCUGCUGUUCGCAAGCUUCGAGAGGCCGUAGGCGGCACCUUGUCCAUGGAAGCCAUCAUCGCGGUCGACGAGGGUGUCGUUGCGAAGGCCAUUGAGAAGGUUGGGUUCUGGAGGCGGAAGACCCAGUAUAUUAAACAAACUGCGCAGAGAUUGAAGGAUGACUUCGACUCAGAGGUGCCGAAGACGGUAGAUGAACUAUGUUCGUUACCUGGGGUUGGUCCAAAGAUGGCCUUUCUGGCACUGCAAGUCGCGUGGAAACUAAACGUUGGGAUUGGGGUGGAUGUCCAUGUUCAUCGAAUAACGAACCGACUAGGCUGGCAUAAGCCUCCAACGAGGGAACCCGAGCAGACGAGGCUGAAUUUACAAUCUUGGCUGCCGAUUGAACUACACCCCGAUAUCAACCUCAUGCUGGUCGGAUUUGGCCAGACCGUCUGCCUCCCAGUAAAGCCGCGCUGCGAGAUGUGCAAGCUAAGCACCAUGGACCUGUGUCCCAGCGCAAAGCUGCCCAAGUCCUCGCCAUCCAAACCCCGGAGGGUGACUUCAGAGGAGCUCGAGCAGCUGAGCGACCUGGACUAACUCGUCUGUCCGCUUAAUCGUCGGCUAUACCUACGUGACGUGUCUUCAUAAUUUGCUUUCGAUGCUCCGGAUCUACAGUAAGUCUAAUCAUAGUAUGCUAGUUUCUGUCAUCUGUCGCCAUGUGCAUAUCAUAUCCUCGGUUUUGGUGUUUGGCCUCUGUCUACCUCUGUCUGCAUCCUCGAUGUUACAUGUGUACCGCUAUCGCGAGCCGUCGGUGCGGCGGCCAGCUACAGUCUCACUUGAGCUCGGGAUAAUCUGCCUGUCUCCUGCCUGUCAAUAAUUUUAAGUUUGCUUGCUUUUCUAGCUUGAUCCAGUCC